AUGGCUAACACCGUUUGUUGUCUCACGUUAAUUUUGUUCAUCGCUUCUCUAGCAAGUGGCGUUUCAGCCGCUGCUCCCGCCGGAAGAAUGAUAUUCGACGUCCGAAGCUACGGUGCUCGUGGUGACGGCAAAACAGAUAACGCCAAUGCGUUUACAAGGGCGUGGAAAGAUGCGUGCCAAUGGAAAGGAAGCGCUAGAGUGUUCGUACCACUGGGAACGUUCUACCUCGGUGGUGUAACAUUCGUGGGACCAUGCCAAAAUCGCAUUAGUUUCAUCAUCAAAGGAACUUUGUUAGCACCUAAAGAUGCUAACGCCAUCAAACAAGACACGUGGAUUAUUUUCAGGUACGUAGACUAUCUCACGGUCUCAGGCGGAGGCACUCUUGACGGCCAAGGAACCAGCGCGUGGCGACUCAACGACUGCACCAGAAACCCUAACUGCCGCCCUCUACCGAUGAACAUUGCUUUCCAGUUCGUGAGAUUCUCGAGAAUCAGCCGCAUCAAAUCUAUCAACAGCAAAAUGGGUCACCUCAACUUCUUCGCAGUGGAAUAUUUUGAGAUUACACGUGUCAGUAUUAGGGCUCCUGCAGAUAGCCCUAACACUGACGGGAUCAAGAUUGGUUCGUCGCACCACAUGAAGAUUCACGACGUCUUCAUUGGAACCGGAGACGACUGUAUCGCGAUCUUGUCAGGAACCACUAAUUUGGAUGUAUUUAGUGUCAAGUGCGGACCGGGUCAUGGGAUCAGCGUUGGAAGCCUUGGGAGGUUUAAAGAUGAGAAGAGCGUUUAUGGAAUAUCAGUUAGGGACUCGGUCUUUACCGGUACGAGUAAUGGAGUACGUAUCAAGACAUGGGCUCCUUCGGCGUCACGGAACAUUGUUUCGAAUUUUACUUUCCAGAAUCUCCAGAUGAUCAAUGUCGGAAGCCCAAUCAUCAUAGAUCAACAGUACUGUCCUAACAACCAGUGUACCAAAAAUGUAACUUCCACGACAAGAAAAAAGUUUUUAUUUAGUUUUAAUUUAAGAUGGUUUAAUAUGUUUUGUUUGUUUGCAUGCAGUCCCAUUCUCAGGUUCAGAUAGAAAACGUGAAGUUCAAUAACAUUUGGGGGACUUCGACGGACAAAGUGGCCGUGAAGUUGCAAUGUAGCCAGACGGCUCCUUGCAAAGACGUUGAGCUAGCCGGAAUUAACUUGGUGCACCGUGGAGUUGACGGUCCAGCCACCGCUUUGUGUGAGAAUGUUUCUGGUCGGACUCGUGGCAAGAUUUCACCUCCAUCUUGCAUUUGAUUGUCAUUAUUUUAUUUUGUUAUAUUUUUCAUUGCAACUUUUCUAGUUCUGUCAAUUUCAAUAUGUAAUACUUUGAUUAUGGCAUUCGUGACCUUGAGAGUCAGAGAAAUGGUCUUCAUCUUGUCUUCUCUAAAGCUUCUUUCCAACGCCGCUAAAUCUGAAUUGACAAACAUUUAUUUUCACCGAACUCAAGCAACAGUUUACUACCUUGGAAUAUAAAAGCAUACCACUAAUCAGGUUAUUUGCCUUCAAGCUGCAUCAACAAAAAGAGUAUAUCUGAUGGGUAGAUUAUUUCAACACACAAACUUAUUACACUAACUACUACUAUAGUUUCAACAUCUCAUACCAAAUAUUUACACUAACUAGUUAAUACUAUAGUUUCAAGUUUCAACACACAAACUUAUAAUAUGACACAAUACCUCAUGCUAUAAGGUUUUAACUGAAAAGUUUUAACAGCUAUUCAUAAAAAUACAUAGAAAUUAAACUGUGAAACCAACUUCUUAACAUUAUAAGCUAUGGUUUCAAGUUUCAACACAAAUGUUUAUUUUCACACAAAAAAAUAUGUUUGAUUUUUACUGUUUAAUUUUUUGACAAAGAAGUUUCACUUUGUCUCGACUGCCGACGGAAAAAACAAAAACUUUUACACGACUAAUUACCAAACAAUUUUAAAUGGAAUAUAGCUCCGUUAUUAUCUUUUCUUUGCUGCAAAUUAAUUAACGUGUACGUAUCACAUAAUGUGUGAACCACAUAUUUGCUUUGCUUUUCAGUGCUUUCACCCACCAAUUUCUAUACAUUUUCUGUAUUUUGCUAUUUUCUAUGUAUUCAAAGUUAAUUCAGGGUGGUUGUAAAAAAAAAGAGUUAAUUCAGGGCGAAUUAUGUGAAUACAAGUAAUACUUAAUCGACAUAUACAUUCACUUCACAUCACGUACAAUCAGAACAUGUAAAUUAAUCUGAUUGUAAUUAGAUACCUAACUGAUUGUUUAUCAGUUAUAUAUAUACGUGUAGUAACUGAAGCUAAGAUCAAGUAUAUUUGAUACCCUAAUGACGAAUAUUUACAUCAAUUGCAAGGAAUAUUAAUGUUGACAACAAAAUAUACUAAUGAAUAUUAGGAUCAAAAUUAUUUUGCGCGAUAUAUAAUGCAUAAUACUUACAUUAAUACUACAGACUAUAGUUAGUUGUACCAUUUUUAUUCGCCUAUACAGCAUUGGUGACAUUCGGAUCGGUCCAAUCCAAUCAUGAACUGGCUUGUACAUAUUAUGGUUGGUUUGGAGGCACUGAUAAGAUUCUUUUUAUUAAAAAAACUUUAACUUAGGGUUUUUGAUUCUCGAUUGUGAAAAAAUGAAAAAAAAAACAUUUUAGUUUAAUUAAUAGCUAAAAGAUUUUGGUAAAUAAUGUGGUUGAAGCAAGACAAAACUAGUCCAAAAAUUUGUUGAAACCCAAACAUAAUUAAUAUUUUUUUUCCACAACAUAACUAAUAUGGUAAACUCAUAAUUUUAUAACUUUUUUAUUGACACUUAAUUUUCAAACAUACUAAACUGAAUUUGUUUUUAGCGACUAUUUGCGUAUGUGUAAUGUAUUAUUAAUUUAUGAUCGUUCCAUAAGGGGAUUUUAUAAUUGUGAGUCCAUCAGUCCAUGUGAGUAGUUUCAACCUGGAAAGUGAUGGACAUUAUCACCUAUAGCACACAUGAGAGAACGGGAAUUUUCACGUUUUGAAUUACACCACCCUCUCAUGCCUAACGAGUAUCUUUAUGCAUGGACCCAUUACUCCUUACUUGUCUCAUCAUAUCUUAGUUACAUACUAAUCAUAUGCUAAAGGCAUUUGUAUUUGUACGUAUCUGUAUAGUUAGAUUAUGGUUAUAGAUGCAGCGCUCAGCUAACAUAUAUUUAAAGCUACUAAUUAAUCAUUGGACGAAGACCGACCAACAUGUUACUCUAGUUAUGUGAUAAUUUAUUUCCAUCAAUGUGAAUACAAAUAAUAUAUAUAAACUAUAUUCAGUAUCAUCAACUGAUUAAGGAGAUCAAAUGAAACCAUUUACGUAUAGCAUAUGAUUAAUCCAAUAAAUGAGGUAGACAGUGCCCUUCAUUGAUCAGAAGAUCUGAUACGUAGCCGACUUUUCAUUUAAUUAAGUUGCUAAUUAUGAAAUUAUUUGGUUUCUUGUAUGAUACACUUAAUUAUUGAAUAGUUUAAACUAUUUGUUAACUAAACUACUACGGUUUAUGAUCCGAACUCGAUUAUUAUAUCAAAAACAUCGCUAGAACGCAUGUCUCGGAGAAUUUUAUAAUCUCAGUGAAAGCAAUUUGCAGCCAAAGAUCUGUGAGGUCAUAAAGGUUUUGGCAGUUUUUUCAGGUAAAGUCGGUUGGUCAAACUCUCGAAUGCUUCCACAAUUCCAUGCUAUAGGCCUAUAGCCUAUAGCCUAUAUGAUAUAUUGAUAUAGUGCAUAUUAAUUUGUAUGCACACUUUUUGGUAGUGUAUAUUAAUUUGUAUACACACUUUUUGGUAGUGUAUUACAAUAAUAUCUCCCUUUCUCCUUGAAUUUUUCAUAUGGAUACAUGCUGCUUUUUCUACAUGUUAUCACAUGUUUGACAUGGAAAUUCGAUUGCUAUUAUAUAAUUGGCAAUUUAGUUUUAUAUAAAUCAGUCAUUUCAAGCUAAAAUCCAUUAUAUAGUCUCAAAUAAGUAUAUAAUUUUGGGCAUUAUAUCCAAAGUUUCUCAACAAGGUUUAGUAGGUUCAGAUAAGUUAACAAAAACAAGCGACGACCAUGUUACUCCUAAUAAUGGUCUUGCGAGCUAAUCAUAAAGAGAGUUUGUUGCUAGUUGAAUUAAUUAAUGGCGAUUGUUGGACCAAC